GCGUGCGGAGAGAGAGGGAGGAGGGAGCAAGGGGGCUGAGCUGAUCCCACGUGUGACGCUUUCAUUCCCGGCUCAGUAAUAUUCUCAUAGCGGGGCUUUGCAUAUCUCCUGCCCGUAUCUGUGUGUGUGUCUGUCACUGUUACUGUAGUCACAGCCUAUAGUUUGAAAUAGAUAUGGAAGGAGACGGGAGUCAAGCCACAUCCGGAAGCCUAAAUGAUUCACAACAUGACCCGGGUAAAAUGUUUAUCGGUGGCCUCAGCUGGCAAACCUCACCAGACAGCCUUAGAGACUAUUUUAGUAAAUUCGGAGAAAUAAGAGAAUGUAUGGUGAUGAGAGACCCCACGACAAAACGCUCAAGAGGAUUUGGGUUUGUUACGUUUACAGAUGCUGCCAGUGUAGAUAAAGUCUUAGCUCAACAACACCACGAAUUAGACUCAAAGACGAUUGAUCCUAAGGUUGCCUUUCCACGUCGCGCCCAGCCUAAGAUGGUCACAAGAACAAAGAAAAUAUUUGUGGGUGGCUUGUCAGCCAAUACAGUAGUGGAAGAUGUGAAGCAGUAUUUUGAACAGUUUGGGAAGGUUGACGAUGCCAUGCUUAUGUUUGAUAAGACGACUAACAGACAUAGAGGAUUUGGCUUCAUAACUUUUGAGAGUGAGGACGUCGUAGAGAAAGUCUGUGAAAUUCAUUUUCAUGAAAUCAAUAACAAAAUGGUAGAAUGUAAGAAGGCCCAGCCCAAGGAGGUGAUGUUCCCACCAGGUACACGAGGGCGAGCCAGGGGUCUGCCCUACACCAUGGAUGCCUUCAUGCUGGGGAUGGGCAUGCUGAGCUACCCAAAUAUUGUGGCAACGUACGGCCGCGGAUACACUGGAUUCGCACCCAGCUACAGCUACCAGUUCCCCGGCUUCCCAGCGACAGCAUACGGACCGGUGGCGGCAGCGGCGGUAGCAGCAGCGCGUGGCUCAGGUAGGGGGGCCCGUGGAAGAGGCGGCUACUUGGCGUACCCACAGAGCACAGGGCCAGGCCUCCCCGAUUAUGGGUUUUACUCUACGCCCAGUGACCAGAGGGGGGGGCCCUGCUCCUUUGCUGACUAUGGCUCCCUGGGGCCCCAAGCGGCUCAGAUGCUGCACAGUGAGCAUGCCACCUCCGCCUGCAACUCCCCCCUCCAGCACCUACACAGCCCGGAUCAAUUUAAGAACCCAGGCGCCAACCCGUCAAGGCCCGGAGGUUUCCCUGGUGCUAACAGUCCAGGGCCUGUGGCUGACCUGUACGGACCUGGCAGCCAGGAUUCAGCUGUGGGCAACUACAUCAGUGCUGCUAGCCCUCAGCCCGGCUCUGGGUUUGGCCCCAGCAUCACAGGCCCGUUGAUUGCGACAGCUUUUACAAAUGGAUACCAUUGAACAGGUGGCCGGUUGCCAUCUCAUCAGAGCAGAGUAUAUCUGGUGGCCCGGGAAAGACAGGACGGAGUUUCUAAUUGGCUUUGUGUGCAGGUGAUGCUAUCCAACUUCAAGCACUACAGCGUCACCGAGGCAAAAAGGGACGAAAGUCGGAAACCAUAUGAAGAAGAAAAGAAAAACGUUAGUCAUCUCAGAAAAAUAACAACUGCUGUACUAUAAUCCAAACCUCCUAUAACUUUACGACCUGGUUUGGUAUGUUUCACGUCGAUUUCACUCACCAGUUUCCUUCCUCUGUUAGCUUUGGUUUUGAUUAGUUUUUAGGGAGUCAUUUUAGUUUUAACCUUCAUUUUUGUGUCAUUUUAUUUGAUCUUAUAGUAUAUUUGUGGAACAUGGAUUUUGUUUGAAGUUGGGGGGGUCAUAGCCAAGAAUAUCUGCAAGUCAUGUCUUCAUCUUUGUAGUGUAACAGAGAAAUGAUUGGAUGCUCCAUUCAGUCUUUCUGCAACAACAACAAAAAGAAAAAAAAGAAGCUCAGUGUGGAGAGAAUCGGAAGGAAAAAAAAUUACAUUUUAAGGAAACUUUAAAGAGGGUAUCUAAGUAAUAAAUCUUAGUAGCUGUUUUAUUUCUUGUGACGUCUCAUUGUUAACCAUAAUUACCUAUUUUUGGGCAAUACAAAGAGGACUCCAAUAUUUUCAUGGUCCUUUUUUAUAAGUGUUGUUUUUGUUGUUUAGAAAUAUAUAUAUAUGCUAUAACAAAUUUCAUAUAACUACAUUGUGAAUUCAAACUUGAGAAAAAGAAAUGUAGCUGUACAUAUUAUUCCAGUCACUGCAUAUAACCGACUCAGUGAGAGAAUAGCAUAUUUUUGUGAUGGUGUGUCAAAAGAACAUGUUAUAGCGUGUGAAUAGAAGAAAAAGCUGUAAACAGUUGUUAUUAUACUUUUGUUUUCUGCUGGAAGACGGUAUAAACGACCCCAGAGACGAACGGAACACACGUUCUCUGUAAGUACCGUAAAGCCGAAUAAUUUUACAAGUGUCAUACCAGCAAAUUUACAAACGGUGAGUUAAGUCAACACAGUUUUAAGAAAUUAAAAAAAAAAAAGAAGAGCCUGAUUGGUAUCUUUUGUUUAACUGUUACGAUAUCAGUAUCAUUGAGGUGGAGAGGGAGAGAGAAGAAGAGAAAAGAUGAUUUAAUCCAAAGCACACUGUACUUAGAUGUGAAGAUUAGAACUUGAACCAGGCAUUAGACAGUGCUCUGUGCGACCUGACACUUUUAUACUCUUGAGAGGAACUUAGGUGUAUGUUACUGUUUGUUUCAUCCUGCUUUGUUCCCGAUUCGUGUUUUUUUGUUUGUUUUUUUUUUGGAACACAAGAUCUGGGCUCUGUGCUGGAGCCCUUUAUGUAACGCUUUGUUCUCUGAAUCACUUCUUUUAUGAAUGAAUUAGGAAAGUAAACAUUUUGAUACCAUACCUCAGCCUUUGCGAGUUCGAUUGCGGAAUCAUUGGCAGGUUUUUAAUUUAUUCUAGUGGCAAAAAAUGAAGGAAAACACUGAAAAGGUAAUAAAGCGAGUAAUCAUUGCACUGUGAGUAGUAAAGUACAGGCCAGUUUCCUAUUUGCACAUGUAUAUGUCGGCUUUCUAAAAAAAAAAAAAAAAAAAAGGGGCCCUGUGCUUUGGGAUAGUAUGAAGGAUUUUGGGGUUAACGUAUUCUCGACGAGACAAACGCGUGAGAGUUUUGAGGCGAGUUAACAGCUUGGGAAGUAGUAACUGAUACGUUGCAGUGCAGACUUGGAUCUCUUUAUAUAUUAGACCCAUGUCUCAUCUAAAGAUAUUUAUACAGGGUUAAAAGAUGACACUGAAUGAUCCACUCUCUGUCACUGCACCAGGUUCCACACAGUGUGUGUGUGUGUGUGUGUGUGUGUGUGUGUGUGUGUGUGUGUGUGUGUGUGGUUAAUGCUUUCACUCAUGACAAACAUUUAAUAACAACAUGCUCCAGUCCGGUUUUUAACCAUCAUUCAUGGGAUGAACGGUGUGUUUUCUGCGCUACUUUACCUGCGGCAGGUGUACACGCGUUGUUUUCAUUUGACCACACUUCUUGUCUCAUUUCUUUUAUUUCAAAACAACCAGGUAAAGACAUAAUGCUGGAUACUUCUAAAGUAAACGAUACGGAGGUGUGUGAUCAAGUAAUAAUCUACAGAGUAAAGAAAAGAAAAAACCCUUGUAAUGUUCAAAUGUAAAAGAAAAUAAGAAAUACAAAACUAUAAAAAAAAAAAAAAAGAAAGAUGCUUCUUUGCUGAUUUCAAGUUUAAUCAGAGUUUUAUUGAUACUUUGUGGUUUAUAUAUUAAUAAUUGUAAUAUACUAUUAAAAUGUACUGUGCAUCCAUUGCUUUCUCUCUUUCCAUUCCCCAUCCUCGGAGAUCCUACUUCUUUUGUUGGUCAUUCAUGUGUUUCAUUCGUGCGUAAAGAACUCACAGUUAACCUGUAAACGGAGUGCUGUCUUUGAUACCAGUGUAGUGGUCUUUGUUGUUCUCCCUUGCUCUACCUCUCCUUUUCUCUCAUAUUUAUCCCUCUCUCCCCUCUCGCGCUCUUUUUCUAUCUCCUGUAAUUACAAAGUAGAUGUUCUAUAGGACUCAUUAAUAUAAUACUUGUAGUGAAUAGUGGAUUUAGGACCAGUCAAGAUAGACCUUUCUCUCAAUGAUCAUGUUAUUCUGAGAUUUGCAGUUCAUUCUUUUGAUAGAGGUUCAUUGUAAUUUAUUCCCUGUGUACGUUUCUAGUUUUGGUUUCGGUUUUGCCACUCUCACAUGGUUUCAGCUAACCAAAGCUCUCACGGAUGAACAAUAGAGAAAAACGGUUGCCGUAAGAUGGAAUUGUUCACAAGGCAUUAUUUGGAUCCCCACCCUUGAAUGUUUUAAAAGGGGUGCGCCAUACUACCUUAAAUGCUAACGCUAGAUAUGCAAAACAGUUCUUUUUUGGUUACUUUCUAAGAGGGACACAAGUUAUAAUCACGGACAAAGAUUUUAUGUAAAAAGUAUUUCAUAUUUUUUAAAGAAACAUACCAAAUGAUUAUCACACUAGUCCUAACACCCAGUCAUAUUUCUGUUUAAAUAUUGUUAUAUCUUUCAAUAUUUGUACAAUUUGGAAAUAUCCCGUAUAGUUGUUUUAAGACGAUACUGUUUUUAAACUCUUAUUUCUGUCACAACUUCCAUUAAUAAGUCUUAACCAUUUAAAGCUUAGAUUCUGGGAACUAGCUUUCGUUUUAAUCGGCAAUCAAUGUUCUUCACACGUGUUGGCGUUAUAGAGGCAUCACUGCUAAAGACUCCAUUAAACAGAAGACUUCUGUCUCCAAAGCAAUACUAGCAGCUGUUAAAGGACGGGCUGUGAAUCAGGGAACUCAUGUCCUGACAUUGGACCAGCACCUUAAAGCUGUGAUUCAUUGCUGACAAGCAGAGAAGAUUAUAUUUAGACUCGAGUUUAAAUGCUCAGUUUAAGCUUCUUUAAAAAAAUACCAUGUCGGAGGAUGUCCAUAAUUCAAACCUGCUAGAUUCCCACAAACAGCUGUGUUUCAAGCAAAAACAAAGCUAUUAUAAAGCCUCAAGCUGUGUGCGCACUGCCAGCUAUUCUUUUGAGUAUAAUUUCAAUGAAACAUAAUUCAGGUUUAUCAGUUAUUUCAUUAUUUCACCUCAUGGGGUCUUACAAUUGAAUCCUGUUACAUUAAUAAAUAACAUUAGUGUCUAUUCGUUAGACUGUCAAAUUACAUACAAUAAGCACAGUAAUGGCAGCUUUGAUGGCGAUGCUAAAGGACAAAUUAUUCCAAUGAACCAGCAAGUAUACGGGGACAGUGUGUCGUCUAGAAAUAGGCAAAGAGAAAUGAUCCCAAGAGACGACGUCCACAAUCUCAAAUAAUAUUCAACUUUAUUGUAAAAUGACAAAAGCAGUUGAUCACAUAUUCAAAGAAAUAACAUGUUUCAAGUAUUAUUGCUUAUGUUCACCUCAUUUGCACAUUGUGGUGUCAAACAAAUCAACAAUAUGUUGAAUAGGAUCUUGUGUGUAAUAGCAAAGUGAAAGACAGGGUAAGAGAAAGUGUUCCUCCGUUUUAUUUGCAGCAUUGUUCCUAUUUCAUCAAAGAGCAAACUAUAACUCAAAGCACCUACAAACUAUUAGAAGCUCGUUAGGAGCCACAUGUAGUCGAUUCAUCUGAAAAACAAAUGUUCAACCAGUAUGAAACACAAUAUUUAGCUUUCCUCACUGUUGCAGCGCCCGGUGGCUCAGACGACAAUGAACCCUUUCUGAGCGAAGCGGCUCGUUCUCCCUCUCACAAUAUAGAAAAUGGACUCUUCCAUUGUUUUGUGAUCCUGUAGCUUGGACUUUAAGGUAGCAUGGCUCUGUUGCUGUAAUUUUUAUUUUAUCUCAAACUGACAGCAGUUUACAGCUGAUGAAUGUUACACAUCUUAGUAGGCUAGCUUAUCCAUUUGGGGAAAAGGGGAGGGGUCUUGAUUUAAGAUAAAAAAAUAUAUAUAAUCAAAAAAGAAAAAAAGUCAACCUGGAAGGUGUUGGCAUUUGUAGUUGUACUACCGUAUCCAUUUAAACUUGAAUCUUGAGGCAAGUGCUAGGCAAUGGCCAAACGAUUUAUCCCAUCCGCUGUGGGAGAAGCCCACCCUGAAAGCACAGGCGCACUUGUGAGAUUUCUGUCCUCUUGAAUGUGUUUCAUGGAUAAGAACUGCUGUCUCCCUAAAGCGGGGGACAUCAGACGAGGACUGUUUCAGGCUCUGCUCUGUUUCCAGUUAAUUGAACAGACUUUGAAGGCUCAUUGAACGUUCUUGACCAUUUAUACCCAAAAGCCGGCUUAUUGGUAGUGGUGCUAAUGGUGUUAAAACCAGACAAUGUGCCCUUAUCUCUGAGAGAUACUGGAUAAUAUACUGUCACAGUGGCCACAACGUUAGUCUCCCAGUCCACCAAGUCACUCGUUUCUAGUGCCGGCUCUCUUGUUUCAGGACAUAACGAUCUGUUCGUGUUCACAAAAUUUCGACUGAACCCUUCAAGGUGACAGAAAUAACGCAAGUCCCAACUGUAAUGUGGUGUUUCAGGGUGCGUUCCCCCUUCAGUCCAAAACCAUUGCCAUCUCACCCCAUGCUCAUUAUAUACUGAAUAUAUAUACAAUUGCAAUGUAUAUGUGUAUAGAUGAAUAUAUAUUUGCAAUUUUCACACAUUUGAACAAUGUUAGACUGGAGACCUCAGCUGUAUACAGAAUACUCUUCACACAGCUCCACCCAGGUUCAUUAUUAGCUUAUGUUCACCAACACGAGAGUUCACCCCCCCCCCCCCCCCCCCCUCCCGGCGUGUUGUCGAGUUUGGAGCAGACCGCAUGGCCUAGAGGGGAGCCUGGAAGCUCUUCAGACUGCAUGGACGGCAGUGUGAGGCUCUGCUGUGCUCCCAUGUUUCUGCAGGCUGAGCACAGAGCUCUCUUCCCUGCUGUCUGCCCAUUCCUAACACUUGCCCCCUUUUUUUUUUUUUUAUGUUAACCGACUUUUUAUGGCGAGAGACAAGACAGACUUGACUGACAUCUGAAAGCAUCUUUCAGGUUAUCAUAUGGCUUGCUUAAGCCCUGUUGUAAAAAUAUACUAAAAAACAAAAAAAUGAUAAUAAUGACAAUAAUAAUAAUGGAUGGGGGUCUCUCACAUAUCAAAUGUGGAAAGUCUAAUUUUAUAUUUGUAUUUUCAAAUAAUAAUAUUGACAAAAAAUGUCUGUGAAAGGUUUCCAUCCUCUACUGUGGUCCAGAAAUUGAUGUGUCUGUCUGGAAAAUAAAUAAAAUAAACUGAAUUGUUAUAUG